AUGCAGACAAACGACUUCUGCAGCGAUCUUCGCAAAAAGGUGCGGCAAGUCAAGGCUAUCAAACCUCCACCAGAGAUGGCCAGGAUGAAAGCUGGUAAAGAUAUAUACUUCGAGAGGCAGGCAAAAGCCGAGAUGGGAUCCUCUGUAGACGAGGAAAGUCUGAGCCUGCCGGGUGCUCAAUUUGGGACCUAUCAUCUGAAGCACCGCAGAGAAACCUUUGGCCCACGGGGCAAUGACCAGCCGUCACUUGAUCUACCGGUAUUUAGAAGACAAUCGGUCUUUGAGAAGCUGGAGAAGCUUACAGUAAAGCUAAGGAAUAAAUUUGGAGCUCCCUUUGAAGACAAGGUCCUGAUGAUAGGUGAGAUUCCGCCACUCCUCGGUGUUCACCUGCUCGAAUACAUGAUUUAG